AUGUUGAGAAGUAUUCGAUCAUUUUCAUCCAGCUCUCUUAGAGCCUCCUUCGCAAAGAUGCAAUUGUUAGGCACAGUAGGCAACGUUUCUUAUCGUGAAACAAGGGACGGUAUAAAAUUUAUUAACUACUCAUUGGCAGUUAACAAGUAUGCUCCAAAUGAGGAGACCGGUACUACCACUGAUUGGUAUAAUAUUUCCGUAUUUAAUGAACGCCAUGUUGCCAGUUUUGAAAAGUUUUUGAAACCAGGAGUUCAAUUAUUUGUUGAAUGUGACGCCAGGCAAAGAGUCGUGGUUGAUGAAAAUACAGACUCUAAACACACAUUGACGAGCUUGAAACAAACUAGCUUUGAUGUUGUAAGGUUUGCUAAAAAAGAUGAGAACGCUGAAGAAACAGUAGAUGCUUAA